CGGCCACGCCACCGCGCGCUCGCUCCCUCUCUUCCUGCGCGCUGGGCGGCGAGACUGUGCGGCCACCGUGGACCAGAGGCCCCAGGCACACAGGAGACCGGUGAUGCUGCCCAGACUGUGAACAGGGGAGGCAGCACUGUAGGGGCUGCCAGCAGCCGGGGCUGGGGAGAGACAUGUGGACACGUAGCCCCUAUGGCUUCUGCCUGCCAGAUCCUCCGCUGGGCCCUUGCCCUGGGGCUGGGCCUCACAUUCAAGGUCACGCAUGCCUUCAGAUCUCAAGAUGAACUCCUGUCCAGUUUGGAGAGCUAUGAGAUUGCCUUCCCAACUCGCGUGGACCACAACGGGGCAAUGCUGGCCUUCUCUCAACCUGCCCUCCGGAGGCAGCGUCGGGGUACGGGGCCCACAGCAGUGGAGUCCCGUCUAUUCUACAAGGUGGCCGCACCCAGCACUCACUUCCUGCUGAAUUUGACCCGCAGCCCCCGUCUACUGGCAGGGCACGUCUCCGUGGAAUACUGGACACGGGAGGGCCUGGCCUGGCAGAGGGCUGCCCGAGCCCACUGCCUCUACGCUGGCCACCUGCAAGGCCAGGCUGGUAGCUCCCACGUGGCCAUCAGCACCUGUGGGGGCCUGCAUGGUCUGAUCGUGGCAGGUGAGGAAGAGUAUCUGAUUGAGCCCCUGCAAGGUGGGCCCAAAGGUCGCCGUGGCCCAGAAGAGAGUGGCCCCCACGUAGUAUACAAGCGUUCCUCUCUGCGUCACCCCCAUCUGGACACAGCCUGUGGAGUGAGAGAUGAGAAACCAUGGAAAGGUCGUCCAUGGUGGUUGCGUACCCUGAAGCCACCACCUGCUAGGCCCCUGGGGAAUGACACGGAGCGAGGCCAGCCAGGCCUGAAGCGAUCAGUCAGCAGGGAGCGCUAUGUGGAGACCCUGGUGGUAGCUGACAAGAUGAUGGUGGCCUACCACGGGCGGAGAGAUGUGGAGCAGUAUGUGCUGGCCAUCAUGAACAUUGUUGCCAAACUUUUCCAGGACUCGAGUCUGGGAAACAUCGUCAACAUCCUCGUCACUCGCCUUAUCCUGCUCACGGAGGACCAGCCUACUCUGGAGAUCACCCACCAUGCUGGGAAAUCACUGGACAGCUUCUGUAAGUGGCAGAAAUCCAUCAUGAGCCACAGUGGCCAUGGCAACGCCAUCCCAGAGAACGGUGUGGCCAACCAUGACACAGCUGUGCUCAUCACACGCUAUGACAUCUGCAUCUACAAGAACAAACCCUGCGGCACUCUAGGCCUGGCCCCUGUGGGUGGGAUGUGUGAGCGUGAGAGGAGCUGCAGUAUCAAUGAAGAUAUUGGCCUGGCCACAGCAUUCACCAUUGCCCAUGAGAUCGGGCACACAUUCGGCAUGAAUCACGAUGGUGUGGGGAACGGCUGCGGGGCCCGUGGUCAGGACCCAGCAAAGCUCAUGGCUGCCCACAUUACCAUGAAGACUAAUCCAUUCGUGUGGUCAUCAUGCAGUCGGGACUACAUCACCAGCUUUCUGGACUCAGGCCUGGGGCUUUGCCUGAAUAACCGGCCUCCCAGACAGGACUUCGUGUACCCAACGGUGGCUCCUGGCCAGGCCUAUGAUGCUGAUGAACAGUGCCGAUUCCAACAUGGAGUCAAAUCGCGUCAGUGUAAAUACGGGGAGGUCUGCAGCGAACUGUGGUGUCUGAGCAAGAGCAAUCGGUGCAUCACCAAUAGCAUCCCAGCUGCUGAGGGAACACUGUGCCAAACACACACCAUCGACAAAGGGUGGUGCUACAAACGAGUGUGCGUCCCCUUUGGGUCUCGACCAGAGGGUGUAGAUGGGGCCUGGGGACCGUGGACUCCAUGGGGCGACUGCAGCAGGUCAUGUGGCGGUGGUGUGUCAUCUUCCAGUCGUCACUGUGACAGCCCCAGGCCAACCAUUGGGGGCAAGUACUGUCUAGGUGAGAGACGGAGGCACCGAUCCUGCAACACUGAUGACUGUCCCCCUGGCUCCCAGGACUUCAGAGAAAUGCAGUGCUCUGAAUUUGACAGUGUUCCUUUCCGUGGAAAGUUCUACACGUGGAAGACAUAUCGAGGAGGGGGCGUGAAGGCCUGUUCACUGACUUGCCUAGCAGAAGGCUUCAACUUUUACACGGAGAGAGCAGCAGCUGUGGUGGAUGGCACACCCUGCCGCCCUGACACAGUGGACAUUUGUGUCAGUGGCGAAUGCAAGCAUGUGGGCUGUGACCGGGUCCUGGGUUCUGAUCUCCGAGAAGACAAAUGCCGAGUGUGUGGGGGUGAUGGCAGUGCCUGUGAGACCAUCGAGGGGGUCUUCAGCCCAGCUUUACCAGGAAGUGGGUAUGAGGACGUCGUCUGGAUCCCCAAAGGCUCUGUCCACAUUUUCAUCCAAGAUCUGAACCUGUCCCUUAGUCACCUGGCCCUAAAGGGGGACCAGGAGUCUCUGCUACUGGAGGGACUACCCGGUACCCACCAACCUCACCGCCUUCCCCUGGCUGGGACCACCUUUCAUCUACGACAGGGCCCAGAUCAGGCCCAGAGCCUAGAAGCCCUGGGACCCAUUAAUGCAUCUAUCAUCAUCAUGGUGCUGGCCCAGGCAGAGUUGCCUGCUCUCCGCUACCGCUUCAAUGCACCCAUUGCCCGUGAUGCACUGCCUCCCUACUCCUGGCACUAUGCCCCCUGGACCAAAUGCUCAGCCCAAUGUGCAGGCGGCAGCCAGGUUCAAGUGGUGGAGUGCCGAAAUCAGCUGGACAGCUCAGCAGUGGCCCCUCACUAUUGCAGUGCCCACAGCAAAUUGCCCAAAAGACAGCGUGCCUGCAACACAGAACCAUGCCCACCAGAUUGGGUUGUAGGAAAUUGGUCACGAUGCAGCCGUAGCUGUGAUGCUGGUGUGCGAAGCCGCUCAGUGGUGUGCCAGCGCCGGGUGUCUGCUGCAGAGGAGAAAGCCCUGGACGACAAUGCCUGUCCACAGCCACGCCCACCUGUGCUGGAGGCCUGCCAGGGCCCAAUGUGCCCUCCUGAGUGGGCAGCCCUGGACUGGUCUGAGUGCACCCCAAGUUGCGGGCCUGGCCUCCGCCACCGAGUAGUCCUUUGUAAGAGUGCAGAUCAGCGGUCCACUCUGCCCCCUGGGCACUGCCCUCCAUCAGCCAAGCCACCAGCCACUAUGCGAUGCAACUUGCGCCGAUGCCCUCCUGCUCGAUGGGUGGCCAGCGAGUGGGGUGAGUGCUCCUCACAGUGUGGCCUUGGCCAGCAGCAGCGCACAGUGCGCUGCACCAGCCACACUGGCCAGCCAUCUCGAGAGUGCACCGAGGCCCUGCGGCCGUCUACCAUGCAGCAGUGUGAAGCCAAGUGUGACAGCGCGGUGCCCCCUGGGGAUGGCCCAGAAGAAUGCAAGGAUGUGAACAAGGUGGCCUACUGCCCUCUGGUGCUCAAAUUUCAGUUUUGUAGCCGAGCCUACUUCCGCCAGAUGUGCUGCAAGACCUGCCAAGGCCGCUAGGGGUGUGCAGCACCAGGAGCCACCCCGGAGCACAGGCUAAGGGGAAAGCCCACAGGAGAGGGCCUGAGGGAGUGGGGGCUGGGACUGAACGGUGAGAUGUAGUUGAAAGUUAUUUAUUGGGUAACCCCUAUAGAACUCCUGGCUAGGGGAUGGAGAAGAGCUGGCUACCCCAGGGACCCUCUUCUUGCCCAGUUGACAGUGAAGAGAGAGGACUGCUCCUUGUUGCACACAUCUUUAAGUCCCCAACACUCCCCCCACCUUUGAUCGGAAUAUGUACUGUGAAGAGUGGGGGUGGGGAGGGGGUAUGCCGGUGCCCUGCCCCCCAGCACUGUUCUAUCCCUCCACUCUGAGCUGGGGGGAUUUAUAUCUGCUAUGGGGGAGUGGGAUUAAUACCACCUCCCUGUGACCCUCCUCCAGACUGACCAGGGGAAAGAUCUGCCCCAACCUCCACCCUGCUUGCCCCAGGGCGAGCCCAACAUCUAGGCUACCCCCACCAUGGUGCUAACCAGCCCUACCCUGGGGCCCACACACUCCUCACCAAGAAGCAUUACAUCAAUAAAGUUCUGUCUUGUAUAGA